AUGACAGUUGUCUUAUUAGGUGAAGCUCAACCUCAAGCACGAGUUGGAUUCCGUUUGGGUUCCAGUUGUAUGGACCAGAUUCAGACCGUAUCGAGGGUCACAGAGGUUUGCUGGGAAUACCACCUGCCCCUUGACCUAAGCUUCGACGACUGUGAGGAAGCCUUCGAGAGCGUCGAAACGAAUCCAGUACUGCCAGCAUUGGUCGAUCAAGGUGUGGACGCAUCGCAUGUGAGGACCUUAGCCAAUUGCUACGAUCGAUGCACCACUAGGAUACAGCUUUUCCACUGCCCCCUCACCAUGCCCAUUGGAAAGGGUGUACGUCAAGGCGAUACUAUAUCGCCGAAGCUGUUCACGGCUGCAUAG